UCGGCUAGGAAAUUAUGGUGAGAAUCUUCGUAAAAUCAACAAAACAAUCUACGGCAAACAACAACAAACGAAGCAAACACACCAAUCAACUUUCCUACACGACCUGGAUCAACUUACUCUUGACGACACUUCGGAAGAUCCUAUCAAUCGUUCAAGGUCUUGCGAAGAGACGUCAUUCUUCGAGGUACUCGACGAAAUCAGCUCCACAAUUGCUCAACCAACGGAAAAGUUCGUGAUCGGUUCCAACAAGCGGGUGCGGAUACUGCCAAGCCAACCGUCCUCAAGUUCCGGACCUGCUGGCAAUAAUGCAUCUCGUUUGAAUGGUUCAACGCAAUCCACUCCAACUCAUGAACCGAAACCUUUGACCGUCGACAAUCCGGCUCCCCUCAUCAACAUCGAUCCCCAUGACGAAGGCAAUGGGUCUCGCAUCGACUCUGCAGUAGAUAGCACAAGGUCCCGCAUACAACCUGGCAGCAAUACCAGACCGAGCAUCACAUCCCUGCGAAUCGCAAAGAAAGACCAGAAUGUGAACGACAUGGUUUCUUUCUACGUGACUCCCUUCGCACCAGAACAAAAUGAGAAUGACUUGAAGCAGCAUGUCCAGGACAUCUCUAAUGUUGAUUCGUCUCAACUCAAAAUCAUCAAGCUAGUUCCCCGAGGAAAGAGUAUGGAAGACCUUUCAUUUGUCUCUUUCAAAGUGACCGUUUGCAAAGCAGUAUCGGGAGUAGUCGGCGAUCCGUGGUAUUGGCCUGAUGGAAUAACAGUCCGCAUGUUUCAGCCGAACCAAAAAAAUGGACCCUCUGCCCGUCUUCACAAAUCAUCAUAGACCACUCUUUCAUCCCAGGACGCAUCGUAACAAGCUCUAAGGAAGACCCUCAUCCGUCUGACACAGUCGUGCUGCAUCCUGAGUCCAACGACCAGCGUCAAAGUCGUCCUGGCCCUGUGUUCAGCUCUGGAGGCGGGGUCUUCCAAGCUGCCCUCUCAGGCAAGUACCAUUCCGACAUGAACAAUUCGUACGUUGAAAAUCUUCAAUCCCGCAGCUUCAAUACCUCCAGUUCAGCACAACGCAGCAAUGCGAGCCCAGCGGACAACUGUCAUCAUCCAACACUCCCAAGAGCCGUGAUAACGAGCUCCAAUGUUACCAAACAACAUCCGGGACGCCUACUUUUCAGUACAUUGGAGGACCCCGAGCCCCCCAUCACAGUCGAGCACAUCCAGCCAUCGUUCAGCAGUCGUCCCGGCCCUGUGUUUGGGUCAGGUGAAGGGGUCCUCCAGCCUGCACUGUCAGGCAAGUAUCCACUUCUCUCAACUUGUUCCCUGCAUAAUGGUUCUCCGAGUUUCAGCGAACGUGCAGCAUGUGACAAUGACGUGAUUGCUAGUAUUGACGACGAUGCCCAUUCAACCGAUCAGUUUACAUCCAUCUACUACCAAAACGUAAGAGGCCUGCGUACCAAAACGAACGAGCUGCGAUUGCUUCUAUCGAGCUGCGACUACGAUGUUAUCGUGCUAACAGAGACUUGGCUGCGACAAGACAUAAAGGAUGGAGAACUGUCGUCAAAUUAUGCAAUUUUCAGAUGCGAUCGUAGUGAACUUACGAGCCAACUAUCGAGGGGUGGUGGUGUACUAAUCGCCGUCAAAACGAGUCAUCAGUGCUGCGCAGUAUCAGUGGCCGACUGUGAGCAGCUUGAGCAGACCGUUGUGCGGUUACAACUAAAAAACCGUUCGGUAUACGUCUUUGGAAUAUACCUUCGACCAAAUUCCAGUCCUGAAAUGUACUCUGCUCACGCCGACGCAAUCCGAAAGGUUUGCGAUAAACUUCAAGACGAUGACGUUGUUCUAGCGUUAGGCGACUAUAAUCUUCCCGGACUCUGCUGGCGCUUCGAUGGCGAUAUCAAUGGUCAUUUACCAUCAAACGCCUCAACAGAACAAGAACUUGCGCUUACCGAGCCGAUAUUUGCAUGGGGUUUGGUUCAGAUCAACUCUUUAGUGAACGUCAAUGGCAGGACUCUCGAUCUUGCAUUCGCUAACGCUCCGGACUAUUUUGAGCUAAUUGACCCUCCAGUUCCGCUCCUGAAAAUUGACCCCCAUCACAAGCCAUUUCUCCUACGACUCGAUACUCAUUACACUACGAGGAAUCACGCCAGCGCUCAAAUGGGUGUAACCUAUCUAGACUUCAGAAGAUGUGACGUAAACCUAGUGAAUAACGAACUUUCGGCUGUUGAUUGGCUCUCACUGUUGAAUCGACCCUCGAUAGACGAAACUGUGUCCGUUUUCUAUGAUAAACUGCACAGGAUCUUUGACAAGAAAACCCUGGUGGACAGGGGAAUUACGUCAACAACGCAACAGGCUUCGUAA